AAAAUCCUUCUCAGCUGUGACGGUCUCUGUGUAGCACCACUAACAAACCGGUCACCGGGGCCGCUCGUUACAGUCAAUUUUAGGAAAUGGAUUUCAGCUCGAGAGGAGAGAACGGGAGCCCGAACCGCCCCCACGGCGCGUGGUUGUAGAGCGAGAUCAAAAGGCGCGUGGCGUGCGCGGCGGCCGCUCAGUUUUAUUCUCACUGCUCCUCUGCAGCGCGUGCUGCUGGUCGGUUGGUCGGUCGGUCGGUCGGUAGCGUCGGGAGGAGCGGCGGUUGUGUUUGGUUCAGCUGUGUGUAUGUGUGGUUUGCGCGUGAACCGGCAAAAUCAAAGAGCAAGCAGGCCGGCGCGAGGCAGCGACAGACACAGGCAGCCCGCGAGCGCUCAGCUAGCAACCGUACACUGCCAGAGAUGGUCACGUCCACACCGGGGAUCCUCCUGCUGCCGAUGCUAAUAUGUCUCCAGCACUGCAUUAACGUCCACGGUACUAAGACGGAAUGUGAGGCCAGCCAGUUUCAGUGUGGAAACGGUCGCUGCAUCCCGUCCGUCUGGCAGUGUGACGGAGAUGAGGACUGCGCCGACGGCAGUGAUGAGAACUCCUGUGUUAGAAAGACCUGUGCAGAGGUGGAUUUUGUGUGUCGCAACGGCCAAUGUGUCCCGAAGCGAUGGCACUGUGAUGGGGAGCCAGACUGCGAGGACGGGUCCGACGAGAGCGUAGAAAUAUGCCACAUGAGGACGUGUCGUGUGAAUCAGUUUAGCUGCGGAGUGGGCUCCAAUCAGUGUAUCCCCUUCUUCUGGAAAUGUGACGGAGAGAAGGACUGUGACAGUGGAGAGGACGAAGUCAACUGUGGCAACAUCACCUGUGCUCCAAACGAGUUCACAUGCGCCAGUGGACGCUGCAUCUCCCGGAACUUUGUGUGCAACGGUGAGGACGACUGUGGCGACGGCUCUGAUGAGGUGGAGUGUGCUCCGUCGUCCUGCGGUCCCAGUGAGUUCCAGUGUGGAAACUCAUCGUGCAUCCCGGCGAGCUGGGUGUGCGAUGACGACGUCGACUGCCAGGACCAGUCAGAUGAGUCUCCGUCUCGUUGCGGCCGUCACCCGACGCCACCAGCCAAGUGUUCAUCCAGCGAGAUGCAGUGCCGUUCAGGAGAGUGUAUUCACAAGAAGUGGAGGUGUGAUGGAGACCCUGACUGCAAGGACAGCAGUGAUGAAGCCAACUGUCCUGUACGGACCUGUGGACCGGAUCAGUUCAAAUGUGAUGAUGGAAACUGUAUCCUGGGCAGCAGACAGUGUAACAGCUUCAGAGACUGCACCGACGGAUCAGACGAAGUCAACUGCAAAAACAUGACUCAGUGUAACGGGCCAGAGAAGUUCAAGUGUCGCAGCGGGGAGUGUAUUGAGAUGAGCAAAGUGUGCAACAAGGUUCGAGACUGUCCCGACUGGAGUGACGAACCCAUUAAAGAAUGCAAUCUAAACGAGUGUCUCCUGAACAACGGCGGCUGCUCUCACAUCUGCAAAGACAUGGUGAUUGGCUUUGAGUGUGACUGCACACCUGGACUUCAGCUCAUAGACCACAAGACCUGUGGAGACAUCAAUGAGUGUCUGAACCCUGGCAUCUGCAGUCAGAUCUGCAUCAACCUGAAGGGAGGAUACAAGUGUGAAUGCCACAACGGCUACCAGAUGGAUCCGACCACCGGAGUCUGCAAAGCUGUUGGUAAGGAGCCCUGCCUCAUCUUCACUAACCGCCGCGACAUCCGUCGCCUGGGUCUGGAGAGAAAGGAGUACACUCAGAUUGUAGAGCAGCAGAGGAACACAGUGGCUCUGGAUGCAGACUUUAACCAGCAGAUGAUUUUCUGGGCUGACCUGGGCCAGAAGGCCAUUUAUAGCACUGUGCUGGACAAACGAGGGGAAGUCGGCACACACAACAAAGUGAUAGACAACGUCCAGACUCCUGUGGGAAUCGCUGUGGACUGGAUCUAUAAGAACUUGUACUGGUCUGAUCUCGGCACCAAAAUCAUUUCUGUAGCCAACUUCAACGGGACCAAACAGAAGGUUCUGUUCAACAGAGGCCUCAAAGAACCAGCAUCCAUUGCUGUGGAUCCGCUGUCUGGGUUUCUGUAUUGGUCUGACUGGGGCGAGCCGGCCAAGAUUGAGAAAUCUGGUAUGAACGGGGUGGACAGACAGGUUCUGGUGGCGUCAGACAUCCAGUGGCCUAAUGGAAUCACCCUGGAUCUGAUCAAAGGCAGGUUGUACUGGGUUGACUCUAAGCUCCACAUGCUCUGUAGCGUCGACCUGAACGGAGACAACAGAAAGAAAGUACUGCAGUCUCCAGACUACCUGGCUCAUCCCUUCGCUCUCACUGUCUUUGAGGAUCGAGUCUUCUGGACAGAUGGUGAAAAUAAAGCCAUCUACGGCGCAAACAAGUUCACCGGCUCUGACGUGGUGACGCUGGCCAGCAACCUGAAUGACCCCCAAGACAUCAUAGUGUACCACGAGCUGAUCCAGCUGUCGGGUACUAACUGGUGCGCAGAGAAAGGUGUAAACGGAGGCUGUAGCUACAUGUGUCUGCCUGCGCCGCAAAUCAACAAACACUCCCCCAAGUACACCUGUGUGUGUCCUGAGGGACAGGAGCUGGCUGCUGACGGCUUACGCUGCAGACCCGACCCUUCUACCAAAGGUUCCUCAAAGGAUGAUGGGAAAGCUCUAAUACAGCCAUCCCCAGAAGCCAAUGUGAGCACAUCGAUCCAGGUGGACUCCACAGCCAGAGGGUCUGCUGCUGCCUGGGCCAUACUGCCUGUCUUGCUGCUGGCGAUGGCGGCAGCGGGCGGAUACCUGAUGUGGAGAAACUGGCAGCUGAAGAACCAGAAGAGCAUGAACUUUGACAAUCCCGUCUACCUAAAGACCACAGAAGAAGACCUCAACAUCGACAUCACCCGACACGGCGCCAACGUGGGACACACCUACCCUGCAAUUUCGAUAGUGAGCACAGAUGACGAUUUAUCAUGAUCGUCUUGGGUUUUGUUUUUUGUUUUUUGUUUUUGUACGGCAACCCGUAGUGUUGCGUGGCGCCUCCUCGUUGCCAUGCCGACGGUUGUCCGUAGCAGCAGCAGCCCUUACAGUACGACCACAUGCCUUCCGAAGUGCAUUAUGUCCAUUAUGUGUGGAGAGGAUGACCGGAAGAAAUGUUAGUUAUUAUGUGAAUACUACAAUGAAUUAUGUGUCAUAACUGUUUUCACUCAGUGCGUCCAAAGUGUUCAGGAUUCCUUUUUUUCAUUUUGGUCCUUAUUAUUUUCGGGCCUCAGACAGCUUCCUGUCCCUUCUUAAAGGAGUCCAGCGCCACCUUUUCGAACAGAUGAGAAACGCAGUGAAUUUCCUUUCUCUUACGGGGCUUUCUGUGUUCAAACUGAACCGGAGGAUGCGGUUUCUCACGCCAAACAGAUCGACUCUACUGGACAGGAUUUAAAACUGGGCCGGACCUGUCAGCAUCUGAAGUGUUAAGUGUUUGACCGUAUUCAGAGUGGGGAGGGGUCAUUUAGUAGUGAGGCCUUCAUGGGGGGAACUUGGUCCAAUCAUUGUUUCUUGCCUCCUUUGAUCCAACAGGCUCAGAUGUGUGAAUAUUUAUGAACUAUCAUGGUUUGGGCAGUAAUAUCUAAGAUACAAGUUUUCUUUUAUUUUUUGUGUUUUUUUAUUUUUGUUUUCUUUCCAAUGGUACCUCUUGGUAUGCAUUCUUACAAGCAGUUUUUUCAGUCAUUAUUAUUAUUAUUAUUAUUAUUAUUAUUACUGUUAUUAUUAUAGAAGCAGUGUAAGGAUCACCAUAGUUAUAGCAUUUGUAAACAUUGUAUAUAUUUACCCAUCAUCCCUCAAAGACGUGACGGUCAGUCAGGACUCUCUUCAAUGCACUUUGAUCAAAUGUUCCUUGUGUAAAUAAGAUUGUAUACAUUUGACUUGAAAUCAAUUUUUUGCUAUGGUUGGGCAUCGUACCAGGGUUAGAGUUCAGAUGUAUUUAACAAGAAAGAAAAAGCUGAAAAAAGGAGAAAAAAAACAAACCUACACAACUGAAUUUGGUAAAACUAUUUUGUAUGUUUGUGUGCUGUUGCUGUGAACUUUUUCUAGCCUUGUACAGUGAGGGGGAACUCUAUUAAAAUGUAAAAGCUCUGUAUCUGUGAAGAAACUGAUUUGCAAAUCACUUGAGAAUUAAAACCUAAUCCACAACGUUGUUCAAAA